AUGAUCUGGAGAGCGGCUUUCAAGCCCUUGGCGGCUGUGGCGUUGUUCUGCGCUUCUAGCGAUGCCGCUGCGCUUCUCACUCGUGGAGGGAGCCCCGAAACUUGUCCUGGAUACAAAGCUAGCAACGUCAAGAGCAACGGGGGAGCGAUUGUGAGCGCAGAUCUGCACCUUGCUGGAACUCCAUGCAAUGUUUAUGGCACAGACCUGGACAACUUGAAGUUGCUCGUGGAGUACCAAUCCGCUGAACGCCUGCAUGUCAAAAUCUAUGAUGCCGACGAGCAGGUCUACCAAGUUCCGGAAUCCGUGCUACCUCGACCAGGGACAGACAAAGGCAUGAGGCCCGACCAAUCUGACUUGAACUUCUCUCUGACCCAGAGCCCCUUCGCUUUCAAAAUCACUCGUAAGUCAUCGGGAGAAGUUCUCUUUGAUACUUCUGGUCAUCCGAUGGUUUUUGAGUCACAAUACCUUGGUCUUCGCACAAAGCUGCCCGACUCACCGAAUCUUUACGGCCUCGGAGAGAGCGUUGAUCCCUUCCGCCUGAAGACUUCAAACUACUCCAGGACUCUCUGGUCGCGCGAUGCCUACGGCACACCUGAGUUCACAAAUUUGUAUGGCAACCAUCCCGUCUAUUUUGACUACCGUGGUGAGAAUGGCACCCAUGGUGUCUUCCUCGCCAAUAGUAACGGCAUGGACGUUGUUCUUGAUGACUCGGAUGGGCAGUAUCUUGAGUAUCGUACCCUUGGCGGCGUACUUGACUUUUAUUUCCUGGGAGGGCCCAGUCCCAAGGAGGUUGCCAUGCAGUACGCACAAACAGUUGGCCUCCCUGCAAUGAUGUCCUAUUGGCACUUUGGCUUCCACAACUGCCGUUACGGGUACUACGACAUCUUUGAGAUUGCCGAGGUCAUUGCCAAUUACAGUGCUGCCAACAUCCCUCUGGAGACUCAGUGGGCUGAUAUCGACUACAUGAACCUUCGAAGAGUAUUCACCCUGGACCCAUACCGCUUCCCCUUGGACAAGACGCGGGAGCUCGUUUCUCACCUACACAACAACAACCAACACUACGUGGUGAUGGUAGACCCAGCGGUUGCAUAUGUCGACUAUCCACCAUUCAACAAUGGUGUGAAGGCCAAUGCGUUUAUGAAAUACCCCAAUGGCUCCACGUACCAGGGAGUUGUCUGGCCUGGAGUUACCACCUGGCCUGACUGGUUCGCCUCUGGUGCUCAAGACUAUUGGAACAACGAGUUUGCUAGUUUCUUCAAUCCCGAGACGGGAGUGGACAUCGAUGCCCUUUGGAUCGACAUGAACGAGCCGUCUAAUUUCUGUGACUUCCCUUGCACAGACCCUGCCGCAUUCGCUGGUACCGCGGUCUUCAUCCUCGGAGAUGUGCCCAGCUUUGGCAACGGCGACCCGCUUAUGGCAGCGCCUAUGGAUGCAACGAACUACCCCCAUUGGCAGUUAUCCAUUCAGUUGCCACCGAAGACCAAGAUUACCUACCAGUAUAUUCGCCGUGAGUCUGAUGGCACAUUCAUCUACGAGACACAAAACCGCACAAUCACUACAGGCGACUGUCAUUCUGGAGUCCAGGCCGUGUCAGGCAAUAUCACAACCUCUUCUGGCCCGCACAAGAGGUCGAUCGAUACCACCAGUCGUUCGUCCGUUCCAGCCGUCAACAACGAACGUCGUAGCACUUCUGGCGCUAUGCAAGGCCUGCCAGGCCGUGACCUCCUGAAUCCUCCGUACCACAUCAACAACGCCGCUGGAGCAUUGAGUGAGAAAACCAUGCAGACAGACCUGAUUCACGCGAACGGCCUAACCGAGUACGACACACACAACCUGUAUGGCUCGAUGAUGAGCUCUGCCAGUCGUCAGUCCCUCUUGUAUCGCCGACCUGACUCGCGACCCUUAGUGAUCACUCGAUCCACUUUUGCUGGCGCUGGUGCUCAUGUUGGCCACUGGCUCGGUGACAACAUGGCUGAUUGGGACCACUAUCGCUGGACUAUCGAGCAGCUUCAGGAAUUCGCAGCCCUCUUCCAAGUUCCUAUGGUUGGCAGCGAUAUUUGCGGAUAUGGUGGGUUCACUAAUGAGAAUCUUUGCUCUCGUUGGGCUUGGCUAGGUGCAUUUUCGCCAUUCUUCCGCGAUCACCAAGGCUGGGGCACUCCGGGACAUGAGCUCUACUACUCCCCACAGGUUGCAUCAGCGGCGCGAGCCGCCAUUGACAUCCGCUAUCGCCUCUUGGAUUAUGCCUACACCGCACUGUGGACACAAACCCAGACUGGUUCUCCAAUGUUGAACCCCAUGUUCUUCAUGUACCCGAACGACAUCAACACCGCCACCCUGCCCUAUCAAUUCUUCUGGGGCGAUGCCCUGAUGGUUGCUCCCAUCUCGGAAGAAAACUCUACCUCAGUGAACGUCUACUUCCCCAAGGACCAGUUCUACGAUUUCCACAGUGGUGCACCUGUUCAAGGCACCGGAUCCACAGUCAGACUAUCAAAUAUCGACUACAAUACCAUGCCCCUGUACUUCAAGGGCGGCAACAUCGUUCCCAUGCGCACGGAAUCUGCGUACACGACCACCGAGCUGCGCCAAAAGGACUUCACUUUGGUGAUUGCUAAAGAUGCUCAGGGCAAUGCAGCUGGAUCCUUGUACCUUGACGAUGGUGACAGUCUGAUCCAGAAGGCUACCAGUAACAUCAAAUUUACCUACAACGGGAAGACGGGUCGUUUCCAGAUGGACGGUACCUUUGGCUACAACCCCGGUAAUGUUGUUAUUCGCAACAUCACUGUGCUUGGCGCUACCCAAGCUGGCAAGCAUGGCCAGUACUCUGCAGCGGAUAAGAAGGCUGUUUACCAGGUGGAUAUUCCUUUAACCAAGGCCUACACUAACAACCUUCAGUCGUGA